AUGAGUGCCGGAUCAGCCAAUGCAGCUGCUUCCUCAGUGAACGUGAGUUCGUCAACGAAAUCUUUAAGAGUAUUUGGCGAUGAAAUAUGGAAGAAUAAGACAGCGAAAAUCAAUGCGGAGCUCUUUACAUUGACAUACGGAUCCAUUGUAUCCCAAUUGAGCACUGACUUCCAGAGAAACUUUACCAAAGUGAAUGAAAAGCUUUUUGCGAUGGGUUACAAUAUCGGAACGAGACUGAUCGAAGACUUCUUGGCACGCACAGCGCUGCCUAGAUGCGAAAAUAUGGUAAAGACAAGUGAAGUGAUAAGUAAGUGUGCCUUCAAGAUCUUCCUCAAUAUAACACCUCAGGUAACCAAUUGGGCCAACAACAAGGAGGCCUUUUCACUCUUGUUGGACGAGAACCCUUUAUCGGAUUUCGUGGAACUACCAAUGGAUGCCGUCAAGGAGCUUUGGUACUCAAACAUUCUCUGUGGGGUGCUCAAAGGCGCUCUAGAGAUGGUUCAAUUGGACUGUGAUGUGUUUUUCGUAAACGACGUAUUAAGAGGUGACCAAAGCACCGAGAUUCGCAUCAAACUCAACAGGGUACUAAAAGACGAGAUCCCUGCAGGUGAAGAUUAA